GUCAGUCAGAGGGUGCAGGUGUUGGUAAUGGAUGUCAAGGUGCCUUGCCUCCUCCUGAGUCUCUUGACAAAUUUGAAUCUCUGCUUUGAAUAUGGGUCACCAGUAACUGAUCUGGUGGCACUGAUGAAGCAGGAUCUUCCCAAUAACUAUUUGAUUCCUAUUACUUAUGUUCCCAAAGAGGUGGCUGGCACUUGCUGGGUGGUGCUAAAUAUCUAUCCAAUGGAGAAAAGUCUUGAGAAAUUGACCAACAAUUUUGGUGACAAAUCCACCAACAGAGAAAGCCUGCUUAUUUUUAUUGAAAUUUUCCAAACUGUGUGGCUGAAGUUUGACCAUAUGGAAGUGGAAAUAUUGAUGCAGUACUUUGAUUGCCACUAUCAGGAACAGCACAUACCAUCUGGCCCUUACUUUGACUACAUGGAAAACCUCUUACGUGGAGCUGAUCAAGGACUAUUUGACUUCUCGUGUGAACCACCACCGUGCCCAAGUACUCAACAAACAUUUACGACUCCUCAAGAAACAUCCCAAUCACCACAUAACCUUAGUACUCAACAAACACCAGAGUUUCUGGAGGAUGACAACUUGAUGCCUUUGAUUUUUGUUACCAUCUCCAUCGCAGUUUGUGUCACUGUUUGUCUGUUUUUGUGGCUGUCCAGGUCCCGAAGGCGUUUACAUGUUUGCAGCACUGAAAAUAUUCAAAUGCAACCUACUAAAAUGAGCCAAACUCCGACUGCCUCUCUGAAGCAUGAUUAAUAAGAGGGAAGGGAAAAAAACUGGAUGGCAAUAGAACGACUCACUCUCCAGGUUGUUCUGUUAUUGGCACGAGUCUGCUGGAUAAAUGAGUGAUCCGAUGGCUUCAAGGCACAGACUAAAGCUGCUGUAUGAGAGACUGCGGAAUUCAACUGGUGCUAGCUCGCAAACAACUCCACAAGAAUCCGGUCUUGUGUUUUUGACUUUGCUCCUCAACUCCUUUCCUCCAACCUGAUAUCUGAGCAAAUGAAGCAAGAAGAGGGGAGCCGUGGCAACAAAAUGAGACAUCUUUAGUUAUGUGUUUGAACCAAUGUGAAUUAAAUAUGAGAUGAUGCA